AUGGUGAAACCCAUGGAAGAGAUAGCUCCUGAUGCAUGCUCAAGGCCUGUGAUAGAGAGAAAGAUGAGGCCGCCAAAGGAGCAAGCUUUGAAUUGUCCAAGAUGUGAUUCAACCAACACCAAGUUCUGUUACUACAACAACUACAGUCUCAAUCAACCAAGAUACUUCUGCAAGACUUGCCGAAGGUACUGGACUGAGGGCGGUUCUCUCAGAAAUAUUCCUGUUGGAGGGGGUUCAAGGAAGAACAAAAGAUUUGCUUCAUCGUCUUCAUCAUCAACAACAUCAUCAGUUUCAUCCCAAAAACUUCCUGAUCUAAACCCGCAAAAUUUCUUACAGUUUUCUUCUCAAAGCCCUAAGACCCAUGGAGGCCAAGAUCUUAACCUAGCUUUCCAAGUUGCACAAAACCACCAUGGUGUAUCUCAAUUCCUUGAGUUCCCCAAGAUUGUGAGCCACAACUUUAAUCAGCCCAACUCUUCUUCUUCAACUUCCUCUAGCACUUCAACACCUAUUUCAUCCCUAGAAUUUCUAAGGACUGGAAUUGCACCUAUGGGUAUGAAUUUAUUUAUCCCACCACCAAUGCCCGAUACGAAUAUGCUACACACAUCAGGGUUUCGUUUCCAAGAAUUCAAGCCAAAGUUAGGUUCUUCCAUUGAUGAGCUUGGAGGUACAAGAUAUGAAGGUUUUCAUGGGGUUCAAGAAGAUGGUGCAAGACUGAUGUUUCCUUUCGGAGCAUUGAAACAACUUUCAAGCACAAGUGAUCAAGGGGGUCAGAAUAAGGGACAAGGGAAUUCAACUGGAUAUUGGAUGUAA